CAGGGAGCGAAAGUGAAAAUGAUUAUCCACAUUGAUUGAUGUGUUGAGUAGUAUACAGUGGCACUGGUUCCCUGGAUUCGACUCUGCGUCAGUGCAAGAGCUGUGAAGGAAUACACCGCUGUAUUUGUAGCAGUAGUCAUUCUGUUGCAGUAAAUGCAAUAAGUGAAGGUGUAACCGCUCAGGGCAGUAAGUCAGGGGUAACCGCGCGAAGCAGUAAAAUCGGUAUGUAUUGUUGUUGUUCUUGUUCAGGGUUAUGUCUCUCUCACCGGGCCAUCAGGGUCUGUUUACAUGACGUAUCUGUCGUUCAGACAGAAAGUGCUAUUGGAACAGGCAAGAGCACUGCACCAGCACACGUGGCAGACAUGACCUCUUCACUCCAUAAACUGUCACACAUUCUUGGAUACAACACCGUACUAGUCUGCGCCGGCAGAGUCGUUGUAACUGGAUACAGCACGGUACUGAUUUGCGCCGGGAGAGUUUGGGUCGCAACAAUGUUCUGGGUCGCCACAAAGCUGGCAGUUACGGUCUGUAUCUGCGCCACAAGGGUCUGGGUGGAGGUGGAGGUUGCGGUUCGGGUUGUGGUGACAGCUGCUCCGGCAAUAUUUGAUGUCCGCGUCACUGCCGGCAGGGUGGAUGUAAUAGUGGCGAACGAAGUAAUUGUGGAGAGUCGAGAAGAUGUAAGACUUAUGGUAGAAGUAAGUAUCGAAAACGAGGUCACCGUGACCGGUGUGCCGAAAGGCGAAAAGGAGCAGCCGGUAUCGUAAUAGUAGUAAGGCGAGGUAAUAUUAGUGGCGAAGUUUCCUGCGCUGGAUCGCAAUGUUAGCUUUGGAGAGUUCGUUGUUCAGGAGCACUUACAUGCUUGUGUCGAAGAAUUCGCAGUACUGCGCAUCAGUAUCGCUCCAGGACUAGUAGCGGAAGACUUUGCAACUUGCAUCCUGCUGGUAGUAUGCGGCUCACAGAGUGAACAAUGCCA